AUGAACCGUGACUUCAUUUACAACUACCACGAUGACAGACCUACGAUCUGGUCGAGGGCCGGCAGCACUCUGAACAAAUGGUUGUGGCGAGCGUUCUGCUGCGGGGUACCAGGGGUACCUUGUUAUUUCUGCACAUGUUGUAAGAGAUUGGAGAACAUUACGGAUAGAGAACGACCUAGAAUCAAUCAAGCAACUGCAACAGCCGAGCGAGUGUCGCGUCUGCACCGACCCAACGCUCCCAGGAGCAGGAAAUCGACGCCUGAAACAUUGUCAGCGGUGCGUUGCGCGCUCACCCAGCUCCAGGGGGAACCUGCUCCACCUGUGCCGGUGGCAGCACCGAACUGCCACAUGCCCGAACCAGGCUGA